AUGUCACACCUCCGUCACACCCCACACGUCACGCACGUCUCAUAUCCGGGUUGGAGGGAACAGAGAGUCACACGCAACGUUACGUACAAACGUUGUAACGACAGCACAGCACGUCUACGUUUUAUCUCACAACUCUCCUCUACAGGCGCAGGUUCAGAUCUGAUUGUACCGUUCGAUAAACAGAACAGCACACAGCACAGUGAGGAUGUCGGAGAACCCAAAGACAGAGUCAUGCCCAGUGGCAGAUGACAACGGAAGGAAGUGGAUUCCUCCCAACCUGCCCAGCCGCUGCACCUGGCACCUGGGAGUGUCUGCAGACAAGUCUCCACAUGUUCACCUGCCCCCAAGGAAACGUCCAGAGAAGGUUGUCCCCAACAUCCUCAACAUGAUCGGCAACACCCCACUGGUCAAGAUCAACAACAUCUCUAAGACUUUUGGUGUCAAGUGUGAGCUCUAUGCGAAGUGUGAGUUCUUCAAUGCGGGAGGCAGUGUGAAGGACAGGAUUGCCCUGCGUGAGUUCUUCAAUGCCGACACUGUUCUAGAACCCUGCAUGUAUUGUCUUUACUGUAUUCCUGCAGGUAUUGGCCUGGCCCUGGCUGCCGCAGUGAAAGGGUACCGAUGCAUCAUCGUCAUGCCAGAGAAGAUGAGUAUGGAGAAAGUGAACAUCCUGCGCGCCCUGGGAGCAGAGAUUGUGCGCACCCCGACAAGUGCCUCGUUUGAUGCACCCGAGUCUCACAUAGGAGUGGCACAGCGUCUGAACCAGGAGAUUCCUAACUCACAUAUCCUGGACCAGUAUCGGAACCCCAGUAACCCCAUUGCUCACUAUGAUGGGACAGCGGAGGAGAUCAUAGCACAGUGUGAUGGCCCUGUGGACAUGGUUGUAGCUGGAGCAGGAACAGGAGGAACCAUCAGUGGACUGGCCAGGAAGCUGAAGGAAAAAUACCCCAACAUUAAGGUUGUUGCUGUUGAUCCCGAAGGCUCGGAUCUAGCCGAACCCGAAGAGCUGAACAAGACAGACACAAACUUCUACGAGGUGGAAGGAAUCGGGUACGACUUUGUCCCCACCGUGCUGGACAGACAAGUGGUGGACAAGUGGUACAAGUCAACCGACAGGGAAACAUUCCUCAUGGCCCGCAAGCUGAUCCGGGAGGAAGGUCUCCUGUGUGGUGGCAGUUCCGGCAGUGCGAUGGCAGCUGCUGUACAGUGCGCCAAGGACCUGAAGGAAGGACAGCGCUGUGUGGUCAUCCUGCCCGACUCCAUCCGUAACUACAUGUCCAAGCACUUGAGCGAUGACUGGAUGUCGGAGAGGAACCUGCUAGAGAAGACAUCAGAGGGGGCAGAAAUGAAUAAGCCAUGGUGGUGGGACAUGAAGGUCCAUGACCUCCAGCUCCAUGCCCCCAUCACAGUACUGCCUACCGUGACCUGUGCUGAGGCCAUCGACCUCAUGAAGAAAGAGGGCAUUGACCAGAUGCCUGUGGUGGGUGAGGCAGGGGAGAUUUUGGGUAUGGUGACCCUGGGGAACAUGAUGUCCCAGCUAGUGGCAGGACGAGUCAACAGCCAGACUCCAGUCUCCCAUAUGCUGUACAAGCAGCCACAGCAGGUGCAGAUAACCCUGGAUGACACCCUCGGCUGUCUGUCUCGUAUCCUGGACACACAGCACUUUGCCCUGGUCAUCCACGAACAGAGACAAUUAGAUGGGGGAAGUGAGCUUCAGUCCAAGAAGAUGAUCUUUGGCCUGGUGACUGCCAUCGACCUCCUGAACUUCAUCACGCACCACCCCAAGAGCACCAACGGCAAGAACGGACAGUGAACCCGGCCGACAUACAUACAUAGUACAUCCGGUUUACACCUGCACACAAUACAUAGUACAGUUUUUCCAGUAUGAUCUGUCAUGCAUGGCAGACACUAAAGUAGUCCCUGACAGUCCAGUGUCUCUUUCUACCAUCGUCUUUUAAGUUAUGUAUGGUCGGCCAACUCUGGGCCUUCCCUCUGGUUACCAGUCAGCACCCAGGUGUAGAAUUGAGGUAUAUUGGGUGCCUGAAGUGGUUUCUGUGUAAUUUCUCCAAUGGUUUGGCUAGUUUCAAAGCAAUAAUGUCCCACUAUGAAUACAUGCACAUGGAAGAUGCAAAGAACAAGAGUGGAAUUAGAUAAUGAUAAGAGGUCUAUAUCCCCCAUAUGUUUCAAUAAGGUUUGGAGCUUCAGGAUUGUCAAUUUUGUUGUGGUUGUAUUUUAGCUGAAAAUUAUUUUCAUAUACAUUGUACUUCUUAACUGGCUAAUUAGUUGUAAGAUGUCUGCCAAGCUGCUGAGGUAUGGAAUAUGCAAGGAUAUAAAGAACAUCACUUUUAGGUAUAUACAACAACAACAACCAACAUCAUUUGCACUAUUACAGGUCAAUAAAGUUUGAAAAUAUGCUAUGUCAAUCUUGACUGGGCUUAGAACAACUUUAUGUUGCCAUAAAUGGUAUGGAAAAUAACAGGUUCUUGUUGAGACUAGUUUCUGACAGACAAAGCCAUCUUUGCUUCAUAAUAUGGAUAACAGUAAUGGUAUGAACUAGUUUGCUGUUGCAGACCUAGAGGUUUCUUAAAUUUUAGGAUUUGUCUGUAUGGAGGAUUUAAGUUGUCCCGAUUGUAUGUAAUAUAAAAAGAAGACGGGUAGAGUUUCUGUAUUAUUUUGAACUAUUUACUAUCAUCAAAUUACUAUUUUAACUUUGUGUCAUGUUUCAACAAACUUGAAAUUUCCUUCGACAGUUGAAUUAAUGUCUGAAAGUAGAGUAGACUUGGUCCAGGUAAUCCACCUGUGAUGUUGGUAUAGAUUUAUCUUUUUUUCUGUCAUUCACAAUAUUUAUAGCACAGUUGACUUGUGACUACUUAAGUUAUGGUAAUUGUAUUUUGUUUAGUGACUUACAUGCUUGGUUUUGUGUGACAAUGCAAUAAAAUAAAGUGAGGAAGGAAGAUGAUCAAACAUUGGUUAGAGCCCGAAAUGAAAAUCAGUUGGGCCUGGCUAUUUCUAGAAUUUGUGGGCGACUGGCUAUUUUUCGAAUUUCUGCUGUAUGCAAAUAUACAAACAGGGAGAUAGCUCAAGACCAUUAUGGAGUUUGUGUAUUUGAAGGUUUGAAAACACAAUUACAGGUCAAGUGGCCUACUCCCAGGCAUACGUUGUAGGUGAUCACUACUUAAUCUCUGAGGUCAAGAGGAGUCAAUGUACAAUGAGAGAGCUGUUAGCAAUCUACUGCACGAGAGGAAUUCUUCAUGUACCCUGGUGGGAUGACAUUAAAUAAAGAUGAUAAGAAUGUC